AUGUAUGGCAACGAGGCCGAGGAGCCCAGCUUCACCGAAACUGGCAGCCUCAGCGGCUCCAGCGACGAUGAAGGCGAUGGCCUUGCUGGCCUGCGUGUCGAGGGCGCUUAUGACCCCAAGGACUAUGAGGGCCUCCAGGUCAAGCCCGAGGUGAAAGAGCUUUUCCAGUUUGUCACAAACUAUACACCCGAGACGACAGAGCUGGACACAAAGCUCCGCCCUUUCAUUCCAGAUUACAUCCCCGCAGUCGGCGAUAUUGAUGCGUUCAUCAAGAUCCCACGCCCGGAUGGACAACCUACGGUCCUGGGCUUGGAGGUCGUUGACGAGCCCUGUGCUGCCCAGUCCAAUUCAACAGUGCUUGAUCUUCACCUCCGCACCAUCGCCAAGACCACGGCUGCCAAGGCCGUAAAGCGCAACACAGUGGCCGAUGCCGAGAACAACAACAAAGCCAUCGAAGACUGGAUUGAGAGCAUUGCCCAGGUGCAUCGCGACAAGCAACCCCAAACAGUCCACUACACGAGCCGCAUGCCCGAUAUCGAAUCGCUGAUGCAAGAAUGGCCCGAAGGCGUCGAGCGCGUUCUCGACAACGUUCAGCUCCCUUCUGCUGACCUCAACGUGGACAUCAAGGAAUACGCUGAUAUCGUCUGCACAAUGUUCGAUAUCCCGACGCAAAAGUCUAGGAUCCAGGCACUUCACUUAUUGUUCACCCUCUUUGCCGAAUUUCGCAACUCGCAACACUUUGCCAACCCCGAAGACGAGGAAGCGGCGACGGCGAGCAACGACGUGGGCGAGGACCGACUCGAGCUUUGA